AUGAAAGAGUGGAUUUCAGCGCAGAGAGUGAAUUUCAAACGAAUCGAUUGUCCCAAGCUUGAGCGGGUGGACCUUCCUGAUGGGGCAACCGGCGAUGUCUCUGACUUCCUCAAUGAUGACCAAAUGGGUCAAUUGAGGUGUCUCAUCUCGAAGGGACCACAGAUUCGUGACGUUCCUUUACUUCAUCAAUUGAAAACGCUACACAUCAAGAUGAAUGCGCCUCUCACCACAAGGUUCCCAUUACCGCCUAACGUGAUUGAGUUGAAGGUGUGGCAGCGUCAUCCAGUUGAGGGAAUCCCACCCCAAAUUGAAAUCUUUGAGUGUGGAGGCUUGCCUCACGAACACGAGCCGCUGUUUGACGUCGACAUCAGGUCGGAAAAGCUUCGGUCGUUCAAGAUCGAUUAUGCAUCGAACGUAAAUAUUAAUUGUCCCAAACUCACAAAUCUUGAGUUGAGACACGUUAUGGUACUUGGGAAUUUCAUUGAACUUGAUUAUGUGCUGAAUUACGGGGUAUACCCAUGA